AUGGCCUCUCGCCGCUCGCCGCCCUCAGCAUUGUCCCCGCUGCGCAGAGUUUCCCUUUCCCCCGCUGCGCUGCUCGUUCUAGGCCUGGCCCUUCUUGGCCUAUCCUGGCCGUCCAUCGCCGCGUCAUCCCGGCGCGUGCUGCUGCAGGCCGGCGGCGCGGGAUCGGAUGGCGCGGCGGCGUUCGGGAGCCGCGUGAUCUUCAACUCGAUGCAGAACGUGGGCGUGCAGGACGGCGGCGCCAUCUCGCUCACGCUCGACCGCACGGGAGGAGCGGGGUUUGAGUGCAGCGACGCAUACAGCUUUGGCACGUUCAGUGUGGACGCCAAGAUGCCUGCCGGCUACUCGGCUGGCGUCUGCGCCACCUACUUCCUGCAGUCAGGGUCAUACGAGCAGCGCAACGAGUGGGACUUUGAGUUCCUGGGGUCGCCCAAUAACUCGCUGGGCAUGACGCUGCAGACCAACGCCUUCAUUGGCGGUGUGGGCGGCCAGGAGGAGCUCUCCGCGUUUGGCUUCGACCCCGCUGCUGACUUCCACACCUACUCCAUCCAGUGGGGGCCUGACCAGACCGUGUGGCUGGUGGACGGGCAGGUGCGGCGGGUGAUGGGCAGCAGCAACCCGGCGUACCCGCGGGACCCCAUGCGAGUGUACUUCAGCAUCUGGGACGCCUCCACGUGGGCCACCGGGCCCAGGACGGCUCGCAUCCCCGUGGACUAUAGCUAUGCUCCAUUCGUGGUGACGUUCAGGAACUUCAAGUACACUGCAGCAUGA